AUGACAUUUAUUGUGAACGCAAUCGGAUGGUUGGGGACAGCCUUAUCCAUUUUUCUAGUACUUGCUCCAUAUAAAGGGUUGAUGAAUGCACUCCGACAAAAACAAGGAAAGGCUUCCGACACGAGUGAUUCAACUUCCCCUGAUUCUCUCUCACCAUUUCCAUUCCUUUGCUUGUGUAUCAGUGCUCUUUUAUGGGUUACUUACGGAAUUAUUGUGGAAGAUACGGUCAUUGUGAUUACCAAUGCAUUUGGCUUUUGUGCUGCAUGCUACUACAAUUGGCUUUUUUACAGAAUCACCGAUAGAAAAGAAGAGUUUAUUUCAAAGUGUUCCAUCGCCCUUAUUAUCUACAUAGUUGCAUUAGGAUUUGUGUUGUUUGUAGCUCCGACUCAUAAGGUUGUGAGUUAUUUGGGAUUUAUUGCAGCUGUAGGAGCUGUUGUGAUGUUCGGAAGCCCACUUGUUAAUCUUAAACAAGUUUUGGAAAAACAAAAUGCAGAAUCUAUUCCAUUAUUAGUGGCAAUUGCUAACACUUCAUGCAGUUUUGUGUGGAUGUUGUAUGGAUAUUUACUUUCUAAUUCUGCAAUUUUGGUUCCAAACUUAUUGGGCUUUUGUCUUGGUGCAGUGCAAUUGUCACUGAAAUACAUGUAUAGAAAUAGAGGAUUGCAGACCAAGGUGUUUUCAAUGCCUACAGGAGUUGUUUCAGAUAAUGUCUAA